CUGUCAUCACUAAGUGGCCCCUCCUGAUUGUGAGAUGGUGGCGUACAGGUCCUUUAACCCUUUCUUUCCCCUGCUCGAGUGUUUUCACACCCCAGGAGUUCAGCUGUGGGCGGCUUGGGCCAUGCAGCAUGUCUGCAGCAAGAAUGCCGCGAGGUACUGCAGCAUGUUGCUGGAAGAGGGAGGUCUGCAGCAGCUGGAGCUGGUUCAUACACACCCACAGACACACAAAGACGUCCGUCUGCUGGCGGGAGCAUCCUGGAGAGUCUGCAGCGCCACCAAGCACGCACUGGCCAGCACGCACACACACACUGCAGCCGCCACCUGCCGCCACCCAGUGACAUCACAGAGAGAACCUCUGCUGCAUCAGACUCAUCAUGCUGUAGAUCUGUCUGUCAGAGCAGGACGAACGCAGGACUCUUGUGUGUUCAUCAUGCACAUACACACUUUUAUCAAGAAUCUCUGA